CCGGCCCCACGGAGGGGGAUUAGUGGUUUGUUAAUCCCUGUGCAGGAUCCGAAACCUGAUGGGAAGGCAGGCUGCGGUUUGACUUCUUUGUGGUCCUGCGAGGACUCUUGUGGGUGGGGGGUUCAAAGUUUCUUUGUAUGAGUUGGGACCCAAGGCUGGGAGGCUGGUCGUAACUUUCUAGAGAGGAAGGCUUGGACAUGAGGCUGUAGAGAAGCUGGAGGCGAGGGGGAAGCGUGAACUCGGGGGUUGUUGAUGGAGCUCGGGCUCUGUGAUAGUGGUUAGAAAGAAGUGGGGAGCAGGGUUCCUCCGCCCCUAGCAGACUUGCUAAUUUUUCCUCGGCUGCAGAGAAUUAGAUACCCGACCUCUGCCCCCCCUCCACCACCCCCCAAGCCCCCUGUGGAUCUUUAGAAUCAUAAUUAAAGGAAAUACUGGGGAGAAGUGGCUGAGGGACCUGAGAAAUUUGUUGAAGCUAACUUUUGCGCCUCUGCUUCGCAGCGUGCUUGAAUGGCUCCUUAAGGAACACAUGUGAUUCCCGUAGACAAAAUCCAUCCCUGAACAUACGGAAGCCUCCUCAUUUUUAGUUCAUCAGAAAUGGCAAGCCUUUGUGCAGUAUAUACAGGAGCCAAUUUUUAUGGUGUUGAUGAAACACUUAAUCUUGGAAGUUAACAUUAAGGUUUUCAAGUGGUUUUUCUAUUAAGAGUAGGUUGAAAUCACUGCUAGGUGCUUCUGGCUACGUUAAAAUUUUUUCUGAUUGCUAUCCACCACACAGAAAAUCUUGAGUGCUGCUAACAGAUUGGAUUAUGCCUCCGUAAAUACCUCACCUUAGUAAAUGUUGAGCAUCAUUAGCACCUGACAGUUUAGGCACACCUCAUUUAUAUAGUUCUAAGAAUUUUAGAGCUGGAAGGAUCCUUAGAAGUUAGUUGGGGACCCCUAUCUUUUCGUGAGGACUUUUUUGGGUGUGGGAGAUACUGCUGAUAGUCAAGACAUUUGUGUGGAAAGUGCAGUGAAAUCCUCAAUAUAGCAAGGGGAAAGGUAUUGUAGUUAUUAUAUUUACUCCCCACUGCUCAUCCCAGACCACAAAAGCGGUGUGGUGAAGUUUACUGGCUUGGAAGUAUGGAAACUUGGUGUGUGCCUUGCCUAGCUUCACUUGAUACUCUUCAAGAAUUAUGUAGAAAGGAAAAGCUCACAUGUAAAUCGAUUGGAAUCACCAAAAGGAAUCUAAAUAAUUAUGAGGUGGAAUACUUGUGUGACUACAAGAUAGAAAAGGAUAUGGAAUAUUACCUUGUAAAAUGGAAAGGAUGGCCAGAAACUACAAAUACUUGGGAACCUUCAAGAAAUCUCAAAUGUCCAUUACUUCUUGAACAGUUUUAUAAUGACCAGCGUGAUUAUUUGUCUCAGCUAAAACAAGGCAAAGCAGUAAUGUUGAAAAAUGAUAUCAAAAGUCUGAAACCUGCUAUUGCUGAGUAUGUUGUCAAGAAGGCUAAACAAAGAGUAGCUCUGCAGAGAUGGCAAGAAGAGCUUAACAGAAAAAAGAACCAUAAAGGCAUGAUCUUUGUUGAAAAUACUGUUGAUCUGGAAGGCCCACCUUUAGACUUCUACUACAUUAAUGAAUACAAACCUGCUCCUGGAAUCAAUUUAACAAAUGAAGCCAUAGUUGGUUGUAUGUGCACAGAUUGCUUUUUUGAGAAGUGCUGCCCUGCAGAAGCUGGAGUUCAUCUGGCUUACAAUAAAAAAAGGCAGAUAAAAAUUCAACCUGGCACUCCUAUCUAUGAGUGCAACUCACGGUGUAAAUGUGGGCCUGAUUGUCCCAAUAGGAUUGUUCAGAAAGGUACACCAUAUUCACUUUGCAUCUUUCGAACUAGCAAUGGCUGUGGCUGGGGAGUGAAAACCCUUGUGAAAAUUAAAAGAAUGAGUUUUGUCAUGGAGUAUGUUGGAGAGGUUAUCACAAGUGAAGAAGCUGAGAGACGAGGGCAGCUCUAUGAUAAUAAAGGAAUCACAUAUCUCUUUGAUCUGGACUAUGAAUCUGAUGAAUUCACAGUGGAUGCAGCUCGAUAUGGAAAUGUGUCUCAUUUUGUGAAUCAUAGUUGUGACCCAAAUCUCCAGGUGUUCAACGUCUUCAUUGAUAACCUCGAUACUCGCCUUCCUCGAAUAGCACUGUUUUCCACAAGAACAAUACAUCCUGGAGAAGAACUUACUUUUGAUUAUCAAAUGAAAGGUUCUGGAGAUAUAUCCUCAGAGUCUAUUGACCUCAGUCCAGCCAAAAAGAGGGUCAGAACUGUGUGCAAGUGUGGAUCUGUGUCUUGCAGAGGUUACCUCAACUAAAUUUUCAGGAUAUAGGUCUAAAGAUAAAUGUCAUGGUUCUUUUUGUUUGUUUUUUACUUAAAUCCCAUCUUAGGAAAUGAAUUUUUUUUAUAUUUAAGUAUUUGGGAUAUUUUUAUAUAUGCUAAAUCAAGGUUGUUGUGCUUCAUGUUUUCUUAAUUUACAAUUCAUUUCAAACCACAUUAGCCAAAGACCUUACUGAUGCUCAUUAAUGUGAAAGGGUAAGCACAGGGUCAAAAAAAUACAUCUUACAGACUAGUCAGAUGUAUCAGUGCUUAGUAGUUAGAUGUCAGACUCAUUAAGAAAACAAAACUACUUAUGAAUUAGGAUUUUUAUUCAUUCAACAAACAUUUAUUAAGCACUGGGAGAGAUAAAAAGUUUAGAGAAGAUACCGUCCCUGUCCCUAUGGAGCUUACAUACUUUUAAGUUUAGUUAUGAAAAUGCUGCUUUUGAAUGUGUAAGUGUUAUCAGUUUAGAACUAACAUUCAAUUUGUUGAGAAAUCUUAUAGUUAGUUUAUUUAAUUUGGACAAUGUAAAAAAAGUUCUAUUUUUGUUAAUGUAAUUUAUAUGACAUCCUUAUUCACCUGCUUAACAGUCAUACAUACUGUGUAUGUACUUAUUGAAAAUAGGUGAUAUCAAAUUUUAUACUCUUUUCUAAUUUUUGUUAAAAGAAAUUGACAAGUUAUUGAUCCUAAUGUUUGCUAAGGUGUAAAAUUAAAUGCAAAACAAUAGAAUUUAAAUAUCUUGAUUUCAUAUUUUAGAGAAAUUUGUAGCAUAUAAGCUUUAUUUUUUCUGCUUUUACUGGUAGUUCUUAAACUUUUUUUCCACAUAGAACAAUAAUCCUUUAAAAAGUACUCAGUGACUGGCCAUCAUGAUUAUGUGGGAGGAAAGGGGGUGGCUUUAAAGAACCAAAGGGAAGGUUUCUAUGAGCUAAUAUAGCAGCAUCAAAGCCCUUUGCAACACCCAUCAGAAGAAUGGAUAUACAUCCUGAAACUCCUUCAUUACACCACUGAACAUUGCAAGACCCUGUUUGAGAACUACUGAUCUGCAUACUAUAACCAGAAAAUAUUUUGUGUAAUCCCAUAUUUGCUAAUGUUUCAUAAUAAGCAGAUUUUUCUAAUACAUUAGUAUUACAUCUUUAUUCAGACAAGUUUUAAUGUACAUGCUUUGUUAAAUCUAUAGUAUUUUUAUAUUUUCUGCAGGCUAUUCUUUUAAAAGUGAUAUAUAUUUUUGAACUGACAUUCUGUACAUGAACCUAUUGAAAAUGUGAUCAUGAAAACUAAGUUUGGCAUGGCCAAGAAUAGUUUAUUAUAGUAUUCCUGAAUGAUGGGGCUAGAAUUAAAACUAUAAAGAUAAAAUUAGAACCGUUUUAUCAAUAGGAAUGCCUAAAAGUUGAAUAAUUUUUCGGCUGCAUGUUGCUGGUUCUGGACUCAUUUUGAAUUCUAAUCAUGGUGUUCAACAUGGAGACAAAUGGUGCAAAACAAAUUCCAUCUACUGCGUUCCUAGCCAAGUCUGCCCAAGCCACUUUCCCUUGACUACAGUGGCCCAAAACUUGCCUGGGAUAAAAAUGAACUAAACAGCAAGUUCCAUCCAUUUGCUUGUGUAUGACACAACCUCUAUUUAGGGAAAAUCUGCUGCUCAUUUGUGAAAUCACUUUUUGUUAAGAAGUGUAUGGUCAGUCAUACAUCAAAACAAUUGUUGCCUUUUUUUAAAUGGUCGUUAUGGUUUAGGUUAUUGAAGUUUAUGAGGUUGGAGAGUUAAAGCAUUUACAAAAUGGCUAACUGGAAAGGACUUUUGUGUGCCUGUUUGCACAUCAUUUAUGUAUCAUUAGCAGUGGCAAUACUGCCUUCAUAGUCUAGCUGUAUACUUAGUUUGCUAUUUAUUGGAUAAAUCCCAAGAGAAUGAAGGGGGUAUGUUCCUUUCCUUUUAAAGAUGCAAUUUUAAAUAACUCUUAAUGUUGUUUUACUUUUCAAAAUGUUAAAUGGUUCAUGAGAUCUUGCCUCUACUUUAAAAACAAAACACAGAUAAAUUGGAACAAAAAGUGAGGAAGUCAGCAGACCUUUGUGAUUAGAAGUAUCUGAGCUCCAUUAUACUGUUAACAAGAUCAGAAUUUAUUAUGCAGCCAACAAAUUACUGCGGUUUCUUGCCAUUUUAAAUAGAGAUUUGUUUUAUCAUUUAGCUAGCCACUAUAUAAUUGGCAGUUACCUAAAUUUUAUUUGUUUAUAUUAAUGGCUGUUAUAAAGGCUUAGGUAUUUGAUAUUUUUCAAAUGCAAGUGAUUUACAAAUGUAAGAUUUUGAUCAAGUUUAAAUUAAACUAAUGUACAGGUUAUACUAACUCCAUUGUUUUUGGUGUAUGUAAAUGGAACUGUGUUUGAAAUACACAGUUGGUAAUCUCAGGAAUGUUUUUAAUAGAUAUGCAAAUUUAGUUUGUAUUUAGUGAUUCUUAAAGCAUUUUUCCAUAGUUUUUAACAAAAUAAAUUUAAUUUAGUUUGGA